AUGCUCUGCAGGCUGCAGCUGGCGCCGCCCGCGCCCGGCGGCCUCCUGCCCUGGCUGGGCCCCGUGCGCACGCUGUGGCCGCAGCCCGGCGCGCUGCUCGCCGAGCUGGAGCGCGAGAUGCGCCUGGAGCUGGAGCGCGCGCGGGACAUGCUGAGCGGCUUCGAGCGCCUCUUCAGCACCGCCAGCCCCGCGAGCCUCCCGAGCGCCGCGGGCUCCGCCGGCGACGGCUUCUCCGUGUGCCAGGACGUGAAGGACUUCGCGCCCGAGCAGCUCUCGGUGAAGGUGGUGGGCAGGAAGGUGGUGCUGGUGGCGCAGCGGGAGACGCAGAGCGUCGACGCGCAGGGCGCCUUCUCCUACAAGUACGAGGUGCUGAAGCGCGAGUGGGAGGUGCCGCGCGAGGCGGACGCCGAGGCGCUGAGCUGCUCGCUGCGCGACGGCUGCCUGCGCAUCUCGGCGCCGCGCCGCGCGCUGCCGCCCGCGCCCGAGCGCAACGUGCCCAUCGAGGUGGCGCCGCCCGACGCCGACGCCGAGCGCGCCAAGGCCUGA